AUGCAGGAGCAAGACCUUCUUCAGCAGCUCGAGAACACGGCAUUCGCCUGCUCAUCUCUCAUACGUUUGAGCGGUGGCAGCGCCAACUAUGUCUAUCGAGGUAUUCUUAUCCACGCCAUGCCCGCCAGAGACGAUGCUUGGGAUAUGGAGAGUGUUAUCGUGAAAUAUUCACUUGGUCAUGUACCAGGAAAUGCUGGGUUUAAACUCGACUUAUCACGCUGCUCUGUCGAGAAUACCGUGCUGGAGUACUUGAAUAAGUCAUCACUGGUGACUAUGAAAGUCAAGAUCCCUAUUACUUAUUUUCUAGAUCUCAAUGCCCAUAGAGGUAUUGCGGUACAACAAGACUUCCAUCAUUCAACAGACAUAGCAUCUAUCAUACGUUCAACAGAGCUGAGUGGCUUGUGGACGAAAUCUCAGGCAUUGUUCACUAGCCAGGAGGUUGGAAACUGGCUGCGUCACUUCCAUGAAUGGGCCUCAGAACCUCAGCAAGCAGACUUCCGAAGCAAGGUUGGCUGCAACGAACCCAUGCAAAGACUUAAGCAUAAGGUUACCUAUGGCACACUCAUAGAAAUCUUGAAGAACUUUCCCAGUAUCCUAGGAAAGAACAUCAGGGCUCUGGAAAGGGUCAAAGAGCGAGCAGAACUCGAGCUUCAUGAUCUGACUAGCGGUAGGGAAGGACCAGAUCGAGGUAUGAUCCAUGGAGAUUGCUGGAUGGGAAAUGUUAUACUAACAAAAUACCCUGCUCCAAUCGGUCGUGAUACCGCUAGAGACAUCAUCUUUAUUGACUGGGAAAUGUGCCAAUUUGGCCAUCGGGCGUACGACUUGGGACAUAUGAUAGGCGAUCUGUAUGAGGCGCAUCAUUUCCACGGCUCCAAUAUCGCUUUGACGAUGAUCAGAGGGUUCAUUGACGGUUAUGGGGAGAUUGGCGACGAAAUGGCUUUCCGAACGGCUAUUCACACUGGCGCGCAGCUCCUGGGCUGGUACAAUCGCCGUGCCCCAUCGGAUGCCUUGAAAGGGACCGAAGAACAGAUUUUAAGUGCAGCGAAGAUCUCGACGCACUUUAUUGUUGGCGGCGGGGAGAGGGAAAAGCAGUGGUUUCGAGGUACACCAUUGGCACCUUUAUUCCAUCCCGCUACAUAG